AUUGAUUAGUUAUGUCGCUUUUGUUGUUUACUCGCCACAUUUUUUUUGCCCAGGCCAGUUAAUUGUGUUUAAUAUACCCGGGUGCGCGGGAAAAGCGGGAAAAGCGGUAAAGCAUCGAAAGAUAACCACAAACCCAAGUCGCCCAGCGAGCGCGCAAAUAUCCCCCGAUGUCCGCGGGUGUGGGUGGCGGAGGGAGCAUUACCACCGAGCACCACAGUCGCCUCUACUUCCUCAACUCGCCGACGGCCCCCCUCACCGCCCGCGAUCCGUUCUUCAUCAAGCCGGAGUAUCUCAGCUAUGAGAGUCCCAUGCACCAUGCCCUCUAUCCGGGCAACCGGGGCCUCCUAGAGUACAACAACUACACCACAUCGGCGGCGGCGGCGGCGGCCGUUGCCUCCUCGGUGGUCACCUCCUCCUCGGGAGGAGCAGCAGGUUCGGGAUCAGGAACCCCUGCAGCCGCCAGUGAAAACAGCUUCCCCCAGCAGCAGCAGCAGCAGCAGGGGGGCAAUCCCCACCAGGAGGUCCUCCAGCAGCAGCAGCAGCAGCAGCAUCCCCUGCAUCAUCACCUAUCCGCCGGCGUGGUGGUCGAGGCGAGCCAACUAGGUGGCAUACCCGGCCUGGCCAAUCUCGGCGUGCCGCAUCAGCAGCAGCAGUCAGUCAGCACACAACCAGGUGGAGCAGGAGGAGCACCCCAAUCCUCGCGUGCCCAGAAGGCCGCCAGGCGGCGGAGCAACGAGAGCAUCGAGGCCAGGGAGCGGCGGCUGGAGAGGAACGCCGCCCGGAUGCGGGACAAGCGGUCCAAGGAGUCGGAGGCCGAGUACCGGGUGCGUUUGGCCAAGAAUGCGGAGGCGAAUCGAGUGCGGCGGCAGAACGAAACGGAAGUACAAAGAACCCUAAGACUGAUGAAGAAUGCGGCGCGGCAGCGACUGCGACGCGCCUCGGAGACCAGCGAGGAGCGCAAGAAGCGGCUGGCGAAGGCCGCCGAAAGGAUGCGGGUGGCCAGGGCCAGUGCGCCCAAGGUCAUCAAGCCGCCGCUGGCCGACAGGCUAAAGGGUUACUAA